GCUGGCUCGUGGGCGCGUAUCAAACCAGCUGUAGGACCAAGGUGCUGCACCAUUGCCUGUGUGUCACGCAGGACUGCUUCUUAUCGGGCGCAGAUCCAGCGGUCGAAGACAGUAGUGCAUUUGUGUGCUCGCAAGGGCUAGAUCGCUGCCAUGGAUGCUAUCAAAGACUUCCUCGAUGCCAACCACCUGGUCAUGGACGUGGUCGUCGUGACGCUCGUCGUCGCGGCGCUGCACCGCAAUUACCUGCACAAGGCCUUCACAAUUGGCGCCGGCUGCGUCGCGCUGUCCAAGGUCUGCGAGCCCACGACGCUCCAAUAUGCGGCGUUCGCGCUCGUGGCCUACUUCGUGCCGCCCUUGCUCUCACCGAUCUACAAGAAGCAGCCGGAGACCGGCGCGGUCUUCGUGACGGGCGCCGACAGCGGCAUGGGCGAGGCGACGGUCCUCCAUCUGUGUAAGACGUCCGGCUACGAGCGCGUCUACGCGGGCUGCUUUUCGCCGGCUUCGGAAAAGAAGCUCCGGGCCCAGCUCGACGCGGCGCAGGGGAAGAAGCUCAAGGCGAUCUCACUAAACGUCUGCGACGACGCCUCGGUCGCAAAAGCGGCGCAAGACGUAGAAAAGGAUUUGCGGGAGAGCGGUACGGGCCUCAUAGCCGUCGUCCAGUGCGCGGGCAUGGGCUACAACGGCCCCGGCGAGUUCAUCCCCAUCGACAUCUAUAAGAAGCAGAUGGACGUUAAUUUUUUUGGCUACGUAAGAGUCGCGCAAGCGCUGAUGCCCCUCGUGCGGCAGGGCUGCAAGGUAACGAAAAGAAGAGGUAGGAUGGUCUUCACGGGCACCGGCGGCGGCGUGCUGACGCCCGUGCCGCCCCUAUUAACGGCGUACAUGGCGUCAAAAUUCGCCGUCGAGGCCUUCGUCCGUUCAUUUAGGGUGGAAAUGCAGCUUACGGAGAAACCGAUCGACGCCUGCAUCAUCUCGCCGGGCUUCGUCAAGCCGACGAUGCUCGUGGAGAACGGUUUGAAGCUGAACGAGGUCAUGUGGGCGGACUGCCAGAAGCGCCUCGGCACGUCGCAAGCCCGCGACGAGUACGGGCCUUUGCUAGAUCGCUUCAUCGAGUACUCCCUCAACGAGAAGGGCACGCACGUGUCCGAGGUCGCCAAGCGUAUUCGGCUCGCGCUCGCUGCCGGAAGACCGCUCCACGGCUACAAGGUGGGCCCCGACUCGCGCGCGACGCCCGUCGCGGGCCUGCUGCCCGUGCCCGUCGCCGACGCCGUCAUGAAGUUCUCGGUGUUUGGGCGUCAGGGGGCGUUCUGACGCGUGUGUAGCGCCUAAUCUUUUUCUCCGUA